AUGAAAAUCCUAACAAAAGAGGAAGAGCAGGAGCACUACAAUGCCACCGUCUAUGGCGGUACACUGGGAGGCCUCGCCGGUACAGGCGUGGGCGCGCUGGGUGUCUACGCAGCUACGAUGAGAUAUCCAGCAUUCAGAUCUCUCACACUACCAUUCCGCGCAUUCUUGAUCGCAUCCUCUGGCACAUUCACAGCAAUCAUUGCGGCCGACCGAUACUCAAGGCACUACGAACAAUCGCGGCAUCCAGAGCAGAACUACCGAGACGAGCAGCAAUCCCUCCAGGAACAGAUAAAUGCCGGCAAAUCGCAAAAAGAGAAGACAAUGGCAUGGUUGUCCGACAACCGCUACAGCUUAGUCUUUGGUUCAUGGGUUGCUUCCAUCUCUCUUGCGAUGGGUAUUGUGGGCAGGAACCCAUACCAGACAACGCAACAGAAGCUCGUGCAAGCUCGUGUCUACGCUCAAGGAUUCACACUCGCCGCAGUCAUCGUGUCUCUGGCGUUUGAGGGUGGUGACAGGAUGAACAAGACUGGCCGCUGGGAGACUGUCAAGGUCCUCGAUCCAAACGAUCCAACACACAAGCACAUGAUCGAGAAGAAGAUCCACCACGAACGCUACGCUGGCGAAGAUCAGUGGAUGGACAUGGUUGAGGCCGAAGAGCGACGUAUCAAGGAGCGCGAGCAGGCGGCUAAGCAGCGUGAGGAGGCUCAGCACAAGAAUGGCAAUGGCAAGUCCAAGCAGAAGAAGCUUGACCUCGAGAAGGGUAAGCCAGAAGAGUCAAAGGAUAGCAAGUUGAACGCCGCGUAA